AUGAUGGCCAGCUGGUUCACAUCUAGCUCGCAGCUGGAUGAGCAAAUUGAGAAAGCAACUUCCAGCUCACUAGUCGACAUUGCACUCAACCUUGAGAUAUCUGAUGUCAUACGCUCAAAGGCCGUGGGGUCAAGAGAAGCAAUGCGAUCCUUAAAGAAACGUCUAGGGAACAAGAACCCCAAUACACAAUUAAGUGCACUCCAUCUCACAGACACUUGUGUGAAGAAUGGUGGUUCUCAUUUUCUAUCUGAAAUCGCCUCUCGUGAAUUCAUGGACAACCUAGUCUCAUUAAUCAAAGCUCAUGGUGGAGCGGCAGUCAAUGAAGAUGUUAAAGCGAAGAUUCUCGAACUUAUACAGAGCUGGGCUACUGCCACCAAGAAUCAAUUCGAAUACUCCUACAUCGAAGAAACUUACGAAGGCCUACUCAGAGACGGCUUCCACUUUCCACCCAAGACCGACGUUGCAAAAAGCAUGCUGAUCAGCAGUGCCCCUCCAGAAUGGACCGACUCAGAUGUCUGCAUGCGCUGCAGAAGUUUAUUCACGUUUACAAACCGAAAACAUCAUUGUAGAAACUGUGGAAAUGUGUUUGAUCAUCAAUGUUCUAGCAAGACUCUUCCCUUGCCACAUCAUGGUAUAACACAAGCGGUUCGAGUUGAUGAUGGUUGCUACUUAAAAUUGACGAGCAAAGCUAAUAAAGGAAUAAGUCCUAUAAAUGAAUACUCUUCCGUAGAUAGAUCACAUCAAAGUCGAUUACAGAAUACUAUGCUACCCCGUAGCGCACGUGUAGACGACAGUUUUGACGAAGAUCUCAAAAACGCACUUGCAAUGAGCCUCGAAGAAGUCAAAAGCCAAUCCCGGAGCAGCAACGUAACGCAUAUGCACAAUAAUACCAUUAAUGAUACCAACAAUCAACCUGCGUCAAAAGCACGCGAUAGUGAUGAUGAUGAUUUAAAGGCAGCUAUAGCGGCUUCUCUCGCAGACAUGGAAGAGCAGAAAGAAAAACACACCGCUAGGUAUAAAGCGGGCUCUAAUAACCCGGAAAACUUAGACAAGCUAUCUGGAAGUCAAGCUGUGACUCAAUCUGACAACGAACUCACUCCCAUGGAGAUAUCUAAUAUCAACCUAUUCUCUACGUUGAUUGACCGGCUUCAAACUCAACCACAAGGUACUAUACUGAGAGAAACAAAGAUCCAAGAGCUUUUUGAAAGCGUCGGAAAACUUCGACCAAAGCUCGCCAGAACAUACGGUGAGACGAUAAGCAAGCACGACGCCCUCCUUGACUUACAUUCUAAACUUUCUACAGUAGUCCGACAUUAUGAUCGACUGUUAGAGGAACGGCUGUCAAAUGCUUAUGGACAGCAUAAUGUUAGCAGGUAUAAUUCAUUGCAAAGGCCAGAAUCUAGCACGUAUCCUCCUCUACCUCAAAAUAGGCCCAUGAACGGCUCAGAACAAUUUUAUGUGAAAGAUUCACCUCAUGCUUUGCAACCAAAGCUCUCAUUCCAGCUAGGUCAUGGGUAUCAGCCUCAUGAACAUAGAAAUCUUACGUCUGUCUCAAGCUACAAUACUCCUGAUCAGAGUACUGCACAACAUGACCAACAUCAUAACCCUGGUUGGCAGAAUUCAAACUCACCGAUAUUGAAGGAGCCACAACAGAUUAGUUACAGCGCACAAAACGUUUUCACUCCGUCAUCUACUCCGAAGUCAGCAAAUCUGUCCACAGCCCAUCAUCAACACGUAUCGCAUGGAGUAUCCGAAGCUCGAACAAAUAUAGCUUCUGGGUCAAAUCCCGAAUUUUAUUACAAAAAUGCACCACAAAUACAUGGUGGGCACCACAGUUUCAAACAGCAAAUACCUUCGCAGCCAGCGGAAUAUUCACGUCCAGAAAUACCUCAGUCAGGCUAUUCUCAACGUGUUAUAGCACAGUCGCCCAAUGCUCAUACUUAUGAAGCCCAAGCUAACCAUCAAGGUCCCCUUCCUCAUCAGAACUAUCAACCUCAAACGCAAACAAUACCCCAAUCUUCUAUGAUACUGCCAUCAAGGCAAAUACCAAUGCAGCCACAAGCAGUCUUCAAUCAAGAUUGUUUCCCAGCGGCACCCCAACACACUCCUAAGCAAGAGGUUGCGGAAGAGUGUCUGAUUGAACUAUAG